AGACGUCUUUGAGUCUUUCUUUAUUUUAUUCUUUAGGGUUAUAAUAUAUGUUCUGUUAUUGGCCGAAAGGCAAUAUAUUGCUGAAACAAUUACUCCAAGAGAGAUACCUGAAGGUGCUUUAAUACUCGUAUGUUUUGCUUGUUGGGUACAUACCUGGCGUACAAUACAACAACAAGGAAUCAUAGCAGCUUCUACUGUUGUUAUGAAUAUGAAUGUAUGUGUAUGGUGCCGAUGGUCUCUUGCCCAUACACACAGCCACUCCAUACAUGAAGGACCUGAACGGACCAUAAUAACAGAAAUAAUAUAUCCAAGAGAGAUUCCACCAGGAGGACUGGUUUUCUAUGCUUGUUGGGUAGCAACAUGUAAAAAUGUGGAGCAUGCUAUAAGGAUUGAGGAUAAUCGGCAAACUCCAACCCCAUCUAGCCUUCACCAAGACUAAUGUAUGCAUGGUGUAGAAUGUCUCUACACCGAAAGCUAAAACACAUUGCUCGUGGUCCUGUAAGAGAUAAACUUGCAGCAAGAAUUUACCCAAAUCAGUUACCAGAAUAUGUGCUUAUUUGUUCCAACUGUUGGACACAUGCACAGGAAAAUAUAGGAAUAGAGCAAGAAGUUGUGCAACAAAUUGAUAUGCAGCCACCAAGUGCAUCAAUAACACUUGAUGGUUUUACACACACAACGCAGACAAGUGCUCAUUGUUUUGUGCCGGCUUGUAACAAUGUAGAACGAAAUAGAGUGCCGGAAUACUUAAGAAAAAUUAUAUAUAUUUUAUUAUUAUUUUUAUAAUAUAUAAUCAAUCACACAAUAAAUGAUUUAAUUAGUAGGAAUUUAUUAAUACCCGAGGGCUUGUUUGGAAACAGAGAGGCAAGAGUACCAAUAAUAAUAUGUGAUGGUACCUAUAUAUCUUCAAACAUCAUCCAACUACUUGUUUCAAAAACAAACUUAUAGCUUGCACAAAUAUAGAAACCUUGUUAAACCUUUUCUCAUUGUUGCCACUGAUGGUUACAUUAUUGAUAUUUUGGGGCCCUAUCCAACAACCAAAUCAGAUUAUGACAUCAUGAAAACUUUGUUCCAAAAUGAAAAUGAGGGUCUAAGGGCUUUUUUUUCAGCCCAAUGAUGUUUUCAUUUUGUAUCGAGGCUUUCGUGAUUCCAUUCCAAUGCUAGAGGGGUUGGGCUUCAAAGCAUUUAAACAUGAAUCCUAAGAACAAGGAGAGACUCAGUUAUCGACCAUCAAUACGAACAAGACAAGGUGUGUGACACUAUGCAGAUGGGUGGUAGAGGUAGUUAAUGGUCGAUUUAAAAGAGACUAAGCAACUGGGACAUGAAUAUUUUGAUUUGGCUGCCACCCAUUUUGUUACGGACAGCGAGAGACCCGCCGCCCCGUCGCCCCUUCGUUCCCCGUUACGUCCCGCGCACCCCGCACGCCGGCGCUGAUCACGCGAUAUCGGGCAACCAAUCCGCGCGCGUGCGGCGAAAAUUGCCAUCGGGCGGCCAACCCGACGAAAUGAAGCGCUCUUCUCGGAAAUAUAAGAAGGGCGCCUCGGACGGUCGUUGUUCAUUCGGGUUCAUUCGGGUUCCUUCGGAUCAUUCAGAAGCAUUCACUCGGAAGCGGCAAGGAAGAAUCAAGACAGAAGACUCCAUACUGAAGACCUCCCUUUUGUAUAGUGAUUAGUUAAUGUACCGAACCCUUUGUAAAUAGUGAAUAUAGUAUAAUUAAAAGUACCAUCUUUUCUUCGAGCAGUCCCCUAGUAUAGCUAACCUCACACCGCCAGUUAAAAUACCAAAUACAGUCCACUACUCUCCAUCCACUUUAUCUUGGUCCAUCGUCGCCGGAUAGCAGCCAG